AAAAACAUUAGCCCAAAGGUAAAAUAGUGACUUAACCCUGCCAUCAUAAUCUCCUUUUGCACGACAUUCGCCCAUUCUUCCCUCUCCCAACCAACCACCCACCCCCAAAACACUUUCGGUUUCAACUGAAAGGAGAAUUCAAUAGAGUUGGAUUGAUUAAAAGCAUCCCCAUUUGGAAUCUACUACUUUCUUUCUCUCUCUCUCUGUCUGUAGCUUUUUUGCAAUCUUUGAUUCGAAGGAAGUUUCUUCGCUGUAACGGAAAUGGGGAAACUUUAUUCUUAUUGAGCAGUUAAAAACAGUCAGAUAAAGUGAUUGCUGAGUGUAGUUCACGGUUUUUCUUCUUUUCUGCUAUGGGGUUCUGAAGAUUGAUUUUUGAUCGACUUGCUUAUUUGAUAUACUCUUCUGUUAAGAAAGAGAAAGUUGAGUUUUGGGUGUUUCAAUAUUCAAAAUUCAAAAGCUAUGGCCUUUUCGUCUAUUUUUUGCUGCGUCAAGGGUUCAGAUCGAAAGGGGAAAGCGAAGAAGCAGCCAUCAUGGAGGGUUUUUUCUCUGAAAGAGUUGCACUCUGCUACAAAUAAUUUUAACUAUGAUAACAAGCUUGGAGAAGGUGGUUUUGGAAGUGUUUACUGGGGGCAGCUAUGGGAUGGAUCUCAGAUAGCGGUCAAAAGGCUUAAGGUGUGGAGCAACAAAGCCGAGAUGGAAUUUGCUGUUGAAGUUGAAAUUCUGGCUAGAGUACGACACAAAAAUCUGCUAAGUUUACGUGGUUACUGUGCAGAAGGCCAGGAACGUCUGAUCGUAUAUGACUAUAUGCCUAAUUUAAGCUUGCUUUCUCAUCUUCACGGCCAGCAUUCUGCCGAAAGCCUUCUUGAUUGGAAACGACGAAUGAAUGUUGCAAUUGGAUCAGCUGAGGGAAUUGCCUAUCUACACCACCAUGCGACCCCACAUAUCAUCCACAGAGACAUCAAAGCAAGCAAUGUGCUGCUCGAUUCUGAUUUCCAAGCCCAAGUUGCUGAUUUUGGAUUUGCAAAGUUCAUCCCAGAUGGUGCAACACAUGUAACCACCAGAGUUAAAGGCACUCUAGGCUAUCUUGCACCAGAAUAUGCAAUGUUAGGGAAGGCAUCGGAGAGCUGUGAUGUCUACAGCUUUGGUAUUCUUUUGCUAGAGCUUGCUAGCGGCAAGAAACCGAUUGAGAAGGUCGAUUUAACUGUGAAACGCACAAUCACUGAUUGGGCUUUACCGCUUGUGUGUGAAGGGAAGUUGAGUGAACUUGCAGACCCAAGGUUGAGUGGGAACUACGUGGAGGAAGAAUUAAAAAGAGUGGUUCUUGUUGCUCUCGUUUGUGCUCAAAAUAGACCUGAGAAGAGACCAACAAUGCUUGACGUUAUCGAGCUACUGAAAGGAGAAGCAAAAGAGAAAUUCACAGCUUUGGAAAAUGAUGAAAUGUUCAAGAUUCCUCCAGUAGUGGAUGAUGAUGUUUUGUCAGGAACAGAAGGCAAUGGAGACUCUACUGCUUCGGAGGAAAAAGAACGAAAACCAGAAAUUGAAAAGAUAGAGGUACAAGCUUAAGAGAAUAUGGGUAAUUGAUUGUGGCUUGUUCAUAUUGAAUUUGUGUAGGACGUUCGGAGAAGAAAUACUGAUAUCCAUUACAUGGAACGACAGGUACUUUUCUUUUUUGAAUUGGAAGUAUCAUUUCAUUGGGUUGUGCAGGAAUGGAUGUUAUUGUUCUGCUCGUCUUUCGUGUGAUUUUCUCGUGUAAUAUGUUGGAACACAAGAAAUGAAAACUGUUUAUAUGCUGAA